UUACACACAUUUUCUUUUUCAGGUUUACUACUAUAUCUAUGUAUAUGUGUGUGUGCAGCACAGAGAAAUUAAAUAUAGAAAAAGAAAAACGAUCUCCUAGAUAUCCAGCAGAGAUUCAACAAAUGUACAAGGAUCAAAUGCAGAGAAGAGUACCGAAAUCGACUGGAGAGUGGUCGGAUUGGUCCCCGUGGAGUCCUUGCUCGAGGACCUGCGGUGGAGGUAUAACGCAACAGACCAGGCAUUGCAUCCAUCGACCUGCUGACCUGAGGUUUAUCAGUAAACAAAGAAGACGCCGUCAAAAUAGGCUAAGCGGCUGCGUAGGUCUCUAUAAGAGGAUUCACCUAUGCAACAAUCACGAUUGUCCGUCGGGCCAAGACUUUCGUUUCGAACAAUGCGCCUCAUUCAAUAAUCGACUGUUCAGAGGUGCUCGGUACCGAUGGGAGCCCUAUCACAAAGCUAAAGACGAGUGCGCCUUAAACUGCAGGGCGAUAGGCAUGAACUUUUUCGCCACCCUCAAUAAAACUGUUAUAGAUGGAACAUCUUGUUUGUAUCCCGUCGCUCAUACAGGAAAAGCCGCUCCCAAAGGAACGAAGGGCAUUUGCAUCGAUGGCUAUUGCAAAGCGGUGAAUUCGAGAGGCGUAAUCGGCAGUUUGGACGAACAACAGCAGGAAGAAUGCUCCGCGUGUAUAAAGGGCUCCUGCAGGAGCGUCAACGGGAUAUACACGAGACCGGAUUUACCGGCUGGUUAUUCGGUCGUCGCGCAAAUUCCUGCGGGAGCCUGCAGGAUUCUCGUUCAACAACUCAAACACACCAGAAACUUCAUAGCUUUGAAGAAUACUAAUGGUUCAUUCAUCGUCAACGGAGACUGGAAGAUGAGCAACAGCCGUGUAUUCAAAGGAGCCGGUACGAAAUUCGUGUACAUUCGCCAGGACGAGAAUUCCCUGGAAACUCUCACAUCGCCGGGACCUUUGGCCAACAACGUAGACAUAAUGAUUGUAAAUUACCAGUCGAAUCCCGGCAUUAAAUACGGAUACUCCCUUCCGAUAUCGGAAGCCGCCCCGCCGUUCAUGAAACGCAGCGGCAAAGAUAACGAACCGAUCGCACUCGAAUCGAAACAACCCGACCUACUGCUGAACACUUCCCUCAGCCAGAGAGACGAAGCCCGACCUCCGCCCGUGCCGGGAAUCAGAAGGACCAGGCUGCGAAGGAAGCACUUCCACUGGAAAAUCACCGGACUAACCGCUUGCUCCAAAUCCUGCGGAGGAGGUUUCCAAACGUACGUGAGAACUUGCACGAGAGAAAUAGGCGCGUCGAAGAUCCCCGUGCCGGACCGGCGAUGCGCCCAUCUGCACUCCCCGACGCCGGCGCCCAUUCGAUGCAACGCCGCCCCGUGUCCUCCGAAGCCCUGCGUGGGGACCUCCUGCGAGAAUCCCAGCGACAACGAGCUGCCGCGCUCCCAGUCGUUCGACCAACGCGACGGGCUCGAUUGGCACGCCGGACCUUGGUCUCCUUGCUCGGUUUCUUGCGGUACCGGCCACAGGACCAGAACGGUGACUUGCCCAUCGGGUAAGUGCAAACCGGACGAUCGACCGUCCCACGCGGAGUACUGCGACAUGGAGAGUUGCACGUUGAAACCGCUGGCUUUCCAAACUGGUUCGAGUACCAGCACUAGAGCUUUCUCGCCUUGGUUGACCACCGAAUGGUCGCAGUGCUCGGAAGCCUGCGGAACCGGCAUACAAACGCGUUCUGCUCUAUGCGGAUACAAGGACAAGCAAGCCUGCUCGGUGGAAUCCAAACCGGAACUGUCGAGGGCUUGUUCCAGCGACAAACAUUGCGACGGGCAAUGGUUUACUGGUCCGUGGAGUUCUUGCUCGGACACGUGCGAAGGUACGGCGAAGCAGAAGCGAGAGGUUUUCUGCGUGAUUAAAAUUCGCGGUAUGCCUCACGUUGCUAACGAUAUAACGUGCCCGGGGCAUCUGAAGCCCGCCGAAGAGCAAGCCUGCGAGGGAGUUUGUCCUGCGCGUUGGUUCAUAGGCGAUUGGAGGCAGUGCGAAGGGGCCUGUCCGAACAGCGUCCAAAGGAGAGAGUUGAGAUGCUUGGAUCAGUACGGUAGGGAGAUUGAAGGCGGAUGUCCGGAAGACGAAACGCCGGCUGGAAAAAGGUCUUGUCCUUGCGAGUCCGAUAGCAGAGGAGAGUAUAAACCUGUGCAAGACCAGCCAGUGGAUAGGUACUGCGUGGAUAAAAUACAUAAAUGUAGGGUAGCAGUGCAGGCGAGGCUUUGCCAUUAUCCUUACUAUGUAACCCAUUGUUGUGAAUCUUGCAGAAGGGCAUUAGAGCAGGAGUAA